UACGUAGAGAACAGCAGGGAAAGAAAUUAUGGCGAGUAAACGCACGAUCAAUCGCACGGUAGAACUUAUGCUGACCAUGUUCGGUGUCUGGCCAGGUAUACCAUGUGUAAUACUCUACAGAGUGUUUUGGAUGAUUACGCUAGCAAUUAAUCAAUUCUUACACUAUCAGUACUUUGUAAUGCAUUUUAAUUUCAACAAUCUUUUCGACUUGAUGGACUGUUUAAGUAGUUUCUUGGCGCACGUGAAACUGACCGCUAAGCUCAUUAUCUUUUCGCUAAAGCAGCGAAAAUUUAUCGAAAUCUUGACAAUGAUGGCGGAAGACUGGAACGAUUGCGAUAAUACUGGCGUUGCGUUGCGCGAAACGGCAAGCAAAGCAAAACUAUCGAGUCGUAUUUGUAAUGGAUUAAUUAUUCUUCAUACAAUCGCCGCGCUUGCAUACGUCAUUGGCAUCCUCCUCGCCGAUGCCGACGUCACCGAUCGAACGGCUGAACUGCCUCUCAUGAUGAAAAUGGAAUAUCCCUUCGUUAUAGACACGCAACGCAAGUACAGUCUGGUAUUAGCUACGCAAUUCAUUUUCGUGAUGGCGUGCAGUUGGGGAGCCGGUUUAUUCAACGCUUUGUUUCUAACUCUGACUCUACACGUGGUCAGUCAAAUAAACACCCUGCUUUGCUGGUUAACGGAAGUUGGGUCUAACGAAAUCGGAAAAACGAAUGAUUCAUUCGUCACAGCCAUGUCGAAAAUUAUUCGGAAACAUCAAAAAAUUAUUAAUCUUUCGGAGAACAUUGAAAAUCUCUAUUCAUACAUAGCUUUGUUGCAAUUCACAUCGAAUACGGUGAUGAUUUGCUCAUUGGGAUUUCUCAUUGUAACCGCAAUGGGCAGCCCAGACGCCACUGAACAAAUAAUAAGGUCUCUUUUAUUUUACGCUGUAACGAAUCUCGAAGCGUUUAUAUUUUGCUUUGCUGGAGAAUAUCUGAGCAAUAAGAGCAAAGCAAUCGGCAAUGCGGCGUACAAUUCUGCUUGGUACGACAUGAAAGCUAAAGAUAGUCGCGUUUUAUUAUUUAUAAUUUUAAGAUCGCAGAAGCAAUUGAAGCUUACAGCCGGCAAGAUGUCGGUUCUCUCCUUAGAGUACUUCACAAAUAUCAUGAAGGCUUCAGGAUCGUAUCUAUCGGUACUGCUGGCAAUGAAAUGAUCGCUGUAAUAUCAAUCUUGUAAUUUCCAAAUGACAGUCAUGAAGCAACGAACCAAGUGAUACAGAAGUUGACUCUUCUAAAUAGGACACAGUAUAUACAUAACAUACGCAUAGUAAAUAUUUUUUUAAAUAUAUAUACUUUUAGACUAACGUAAUAUCCUUACCGUAACGUAAUAUGCAUAGUUACUAACUGUAUACAGAAAACUGUGACACAGAAAUCAUCAUAUACUGUUUGUUAAUGUGAGAAACAUUGUGUGUUCUUAUACGGUUUCAGUCUAGAGCACAGGUCCUCGAUCCUAAAUGUAUAUUUCCGCGAAUAUAAACGCAUUGUACAUAUUCUGAAUUAUUAAAGCAGAUGAGUCACGAAUUGCCUAGUGAAUAUCUCGCAAGAAAGAUAUCCUUCG